UAAUCGUCUUCCGCAUUUUCAUGGUCUUCUCUACGCUGGUCGUCAUUACUUUGUUUAUCGCUCACUGUCAGCAUGUCCAAGAGACCAGCAGGAUCCGUUUCCUUGAGCCAGUACAGAGAUCAACAUUAUAGAGGUAGUAGACAGGACCAAGAAAAAGCUCUACUGAAAUCUACAACAUUGUAUAUUGGAAACCUUUCAUUCUUCACCAGUGAAGAGCAAAUCUUUGAACUGUUUAGUCGAGCAGGUGACGUGAAACGCAUUAUAAUGGGUUUAGACAAAGUGUCGAAAACUCCGUGUGGAUUUUGUUUUGUGGAAUUCUACGCAAGAAACGAUGCGUUAAAUGCAAUGAGGUACAUUAAUGGAACUCGACUUGAUGAUCGCAUAAUUCGAACAGAUUGGGAUGCCGGCUUCAAAGAAGGACGACAGUUUGGUCGUGGUAAAAGUGGUGGACAAGUGCGUGACGAAUACCGCACAGAUUAUGAUGAGGGCCGAGGUGGUUACGGCAAGCUUGUGCAGUCAAAGAUUCGCCGGCGAGAUUCUUGAAGAGCUUCACUUUGUAGUGCAUGACAUUCUUCAUGAGCAACUCCCAAAGACAAUUUCCAGUUUUUUAAGUGGUGUAAAGAGAUAAAAAUGGGAGCUUUAUGAUAUUGAUGUUCAGGAUUCAUGCAUUCAUCAAUACUUGGGGUGAUCAAGGUUAAAAUAACAGCAUGAAGUGGAAGCAAACUAAUGGAAAGAGGAUUUAAUUAUCAGAAGUUACAUUUUUACAUGAAAUAUUUGAGUAAAAGGCUUUAUUAUUUCUGUUAAACUUUGUAUCUUAAACUUUGAGAUGUUGCAAAAACUAAAAGCCAGUUAAACCCUUAAAACAAUAUGUAGCAAGUGAGGAAAAGCUUAAUGUUACAAUAUGGGGUCAUGAAUUCUUUUUAGUACUAAUUUUGAGAAAAAAGAUUUGUUUUUUUUUUUUCUUUUGAAUGAGAAUAAUUGUGUGGCAGCCUUAUCGAAGGAACAAUCUUCUUCUACAUUAGAGGAUUUUCCCCAUAUUUCUCUGUGGACAUUAAACUGAUUGUUUAUAUCUAAACAUGGAUUAAAAAGUAGAAAUGAAGAAUGUAUGAUAGCUUGAUGGUUCAAGGGAAGCAAUCCAUGAGAUUCUCUUACUUGAUGCAGAAAACUGUUUAUCCCUACUUCUUACCCAUAUCCCCAUUUGUUGCUGGAGAUAAGUUGUUCUGCGGUUAAUGAUGAUAAAGAGUUAAUACCAUCUAAUCUAAAAAGUAGUUUUUAUUAACAGUGCACCCAUUUAUGACUGUACAUUAGUACUUGAAAAUAAAUGUAUUAAGGAAUUUAUGUUUGUUCAAAUAUUAAAAUAUGCUGUCAUUUGCA